GCUGCAGCAGGCUCCGGGUGGACGGGGGAAGAAGACAAGCGCACACAAUGCAAUGCACGGCUGACAAGGGUUGUGUCUCCCUGAUUUCCAUCAUAAAUUACCAAUUGAGUUGAAACUAGUGAAAAGGAAGCUGCGGGGGACAUAUCGUCUUCCUCGGUGUAUAGUUUUUUUGCACAGUGGAUUUGGUGGGGGAAGGGAAGCACAAGCAAGGACCGCCGGCGAGGGGCUGAACUUGUGGCUAAACAUUGGAUCUAAACAGUGAAGGCUGCACGGAGGAGCUGCCCAGCCCGACGGGGGUUGGCCGACUCCCUCGUUUAUGGAAAUCGACACCGAGGCUUUCAUCAGCGGGCCUCGGAUUCCGUUCCAAGCGAUGGAGGUGGAACUAAACCGUUUGUGUGCGUGAAGGACUAAUAUAGUGCGAUUAAACGUGCGAUUGUCAGUAGAAGCUCCAAAUCCUUUCAGUUUGCUUUGGGGGAAAAAGGGAUAAACCCCCUGCUAGCUAACAGCUGGAUGGGCUAAUGCUAGCUAGCGGUAGUGCUAACAUUACGUCUUUCUUUUGAUGGACACAAACUCAGCCAUCAUUCUCGGCCGUCAACACGUCGACAUUAAAAAUAAAAACCUCGACCGGGGAAUAUACUUUUGCCGCCCUGUUACCUGGCCGAGUAUUAGUCGCGCGUCGCUGUAGCGAAGAUACAUGUUUAUCCUUCGGUUGCUGUCUGAUUAUAUUGUGAUGUAUUGAGUUAGCCCGUCCGAGCUAUCCGAAUGAGCGAAUGCUAAUUAGCGUCAGUCAACACUAACCCGUCGCUAUCCAGUUGUCACAUUAAACGCAACAACUGCUUUUUGCUCGGUAGAUGUAAUUAAAUGUAAAAGCGUUGACUGCGUUCACAAAGCAACGCAGUCAUGUCACCGCCGUGUGUUUGCGUUGUUUGGGCUAUCGGCCUUCCUAACUAGCUAACCGUGUCAUUUUGCUAGCAGGCAAAUAAAUUGUCAGCGUGAGCAGAAAUUAUUGACGGGAAUGUUAACAAUGGCCUGAUUUCCAAUACAAAACCAGUGUAGGGAUGAUUUAUUAUUGACGUCAACGCGAGCUGGGCUGUCGUUUUUGUUUGCAUGCUCAUAACUUAUUCGGUUGUUUGUGAAUAUUCCUGCUAGCAAGCUCGUGUUAGCUGUUUAGGAGACGCUGGUGGUCGUGGACGUGCUUUAAUUCCCUCAUGGGUCGAGGAUUGUGUGUUGACACUUUUUGAAAUGACACUCAAAUUCCGCCGCAAGAAAGGCCUCGAUGCCAGUAGACUGUUAAAGGACGGCAAAUAAUAGCAGCCACUGGUUCAAUUAACGCCAUUUUAACUGGGGGCUGAGCGCGAGGGCCCGGCUGGUGGUGUCGUCUCUUUGCGGUUCGGUGCCUUCCACCGGACCGGGACUUGAACUAAAGUGCCUUUUGGUCUCACUGGAGUGACAAAAAAGGCUAGCCGUGUGGACAUGGAGGGCCCGAGCCGAAGCACCGGAUUCAGGCAGAGCCGCCGAUCCCGAUCCCAGCGCGACAGGGAUCGGCGGCGGAGGAGGAUGAACCUGGCGGAGGAGAGGGCCACGUCCCUGUCGUCGGGCUCCGAUCGGGAGGCUUGCGGGACCAACAGUGUCCGGGGUCCCGGGGGUGGGAAAGAGGGCCGACCGGGUUUCGGCCGACACAGGCCCCCCCGCCGGAGGAAGAGGGAGUCCGUGUCCUGUGAGGAAGACAUCAUCGAUGGCUUCGCUAUCGCCAGCUUCGUCAGCCUGGAGGCUUUGGAGAUGGACUGCUCCUUGAAGCCCAACCAGCGCACGGACAUGCUGGGUCGGAGGAACAAGGGCAAGAGAGGGCCGGAGGAGAACGGCGGAGGGCCUCUGUCCGAGCCGGAGGAAGGCGCGCCGCACAGCUACUGCUGGAACAAGAGCAGAAGCAAGAGGAGGAGGAUGGAGGGCCACCCUUUGGAGACCGGCUACAUUUGUGACACGGAGAGCGACGCCGGAGACAAGGCUUCGGACCAUGACAUGGAUCCCGUGUUCACAGUCAGCACCAGAAAAGUUGUCGAGCCCCCACCCUCAACCGUCAACAAAAACUGCUCGACCGUGCCGGCGCGGAACGGCGUCCCGCGCCUGAUGGUGACGCCCAGGGUGUCCGGCCUGGAGCGGAGUCAGGAGAAAAGCCUGGAGCUGCAUUUCCCCGAGCCUGUUUCAUCUUCUACCUCUUCCGCCUCCUUCCCCUGCCGGCCUUCCCACUCGCCGGUCACGGCGGCUGGCCCGGUCCCGAGACCGGGCCCCAUGAAUGGGAACGGCGGCCGACACAACGGCAGCCCACCGCUGUCGAAGCCCAAGCCCUUCCUCACCUUGGCGGGACCCUCGCACUCCCUUUACAGCAGGAGCAGCACUCCGGCCAAACCGCCAUCUUCAGUUUCAUCUGUUGCCGCGUCUUCAGCUUCCAUGCGGCCCCCAACCCCCUCCACCAGUGUGUCUAUGUCCUACAUCCGGGGCGCGGGGUCUUCCGGGCCCCUCCGACCCCCAUCUCGCGCCAACUCUGGAGCCUUGUUCACUUCCUCACCUGGCCUGCCUCCCCCUCCCCCGCUGCUGCAAGGCCCCUCCCACUCCACCGCAGCAGACCAGGAAAUGCUACGUCAGAAUUUGAACUCCCACUUCCUGAACGCACAAGAGCGCGAGGGCAGACGCAGCGCACAGGGUGCCGAGAGCAGCAGCGCCGCUGCCGCCACCGCCGCGGGGCGCUCCACACCCGGCGGGCCGGCGGCGUCCAGUUCCACGCCUGGGUCGACCGGUCGGAACUCCCAGAACCAGCCCAGCAUCCAGCCGCUGGCCUUCCAGUUCCAUCAGCACAACCACCAGCACCAACAUACGCACACGCACCAACACUUCACGCCCUUCCUGCACCCAACCGCCUCUGCGCCGCCCCUGUUUGAUAAGUACCCGGGCAAAAUGGAGGGGCUGUACCGGCACCCUUUCUUCCCACCGUACCCACCGCCGCCCUCAGUGCCCAAUAUCCAGCCUGUGAUUCCUCCCACCGGGCCUUUCAGCUCCCUGCAAGGAGCAUUCCAGCCAAAGCCUCUCGUCCCUCAGGGAACCGGUCCGGAGUUAAGCACUCGCCUUGGGGUUGUUCCUCACCACCUGCAGCCCAAAGACCCCCGGCUAACUGAUCCAUUUGGGACAUCGUUGAAAAUCAGUAAUAAACCUGGAAAGUGGUGCGCUAUGCAUGUUUACGUGGCCUGGAUGAUUCUGAGCCAUCAGAAGAAAGUAAAGCUGAUGCAGGCCGACCCUCACAAGUUGGACUUCCGCAGCGACCUGCUGGCUCGUCUUCCAGGAGCUGGUGGACUUGGCCCAAUGGGGCCCAUCGGGGGGCCCCUGCCUCCGAGCCACGACCUGACCAGACCUCCCAGUCUCUUCUCAGCGACAGGUGCAGUCAAUCCGCCCUCGGCACCUUUCAUCGCUCCAUCAGCGCCGCACUCGUCUUUCCUGGCUCCAGCUGCACAUUUGGAUCCAUAUGGUCGAUCCCCACCCUUUACCCCACUGGGAGCCCUCGGUUCUGGUGCCUUUGGAGGACUAGGAAGCCCGACACUUGCGGGCUCCGUGUUUGGUCCUAAAGACUCCCCCGCCAGCAUGGUCGGGAACUUGUCCAACGCCCCCAACCAUCACGACCCAUGGAACCGCCUCCACGGAGGACCGUCUGGCUUCCCCGCGGGCCCCAGCUGGGCCAAAGGAGGCGACAAGCGAGACGAGAGGGAUCGAGGGAAGGAUGGCGAGAGGAGGGAUGUACCCCACAUCAAAGACGAAAAGGACAGAGACAACAUGCUGUACGGCCGUCAACCUGUGAGGAUGUCUCCUGUGGCUCCUUCCUUUAAGCCCCGCAGCAGCACCCCCGUGUCCCACAUCAACGGCCACAGCAGCGCCGCAGGGGGCGGCGGCGGCGGGCCUGUUGAGGACAUGACUCGCAGCUUAAACCGAGACAGAGAGCGUGACAGAGACGGGGACAAGAGGCCGCUGCCAACAGUGACGUCACGCGGGCCUCCUCUUGGCCCUUCCUCAUUGGCGGCAGACAGAGACAGACCCCGGUCUUCCUCGUCCUCUGUGCUCAACACCCCCCCGCCCACCAGUCGCUCAGCUCAGUCGCCCCUGGACCUUUACCCCCGCCCACUCGGCCCGGCAGCACACGGCCUCCACAGUGAACACUCCCAAAGAGACGGCGCCCUCCCCGCAUCCACGGCCGGCUCCGCCUCCGUCACCUCUUUGCCUCAGGCUAAAAAGUCCACAACGCCCGUCUCCAAGCCCCCCCUGCUGCUGCCGCCUGUUAAGGUUAAGGAGGAGCGCAAAGAGGAGCCUGAGCACAUCCCCAUCUCCCUCCCUCCCCCGCUGCCCAACAACGCCUUCGACCGGCCCAACAGCCAUCCACACCACCCCAGUUCCGGAACGCCUUCGUCCUCUCUUUCCCUGACUCCCACUCCUGGUGUUCCCCUCCCUCCCCCCACUCCCAACCCACCCACCCACCUUUCCCUGCUGGAUCGCUCCAGGGCCAUCGAAGCGUAUCUCGGCAGCACGGCGGGUACCGGUUUGGUCAUGGGCCCAGGUGGGGAGCGCUUCCACCACGGUCCCCCGCAGGGACCGUCACAGGGUCCACACAGCUUCACUUGGGAUCCUUGGAGGGAACUUGCAGCCCAGCAGCAUCAUCAUCAUCAUCAUCAACAGCAGCAGCAGCAGCAUCGAAGGGAGGCAUUGGCGCUUCGGUCCGACCCCCACCUGGCCCUGCGUUCCGACCCCCACCUGGCCCGGCUCCUUCAGCACCAGCGCCUACUGGAGGCGGAGAGGGCUGCGGCUGUAGCUGCUGCGUCUGCCCCUCACCAUCCCUCCACGUCUACGGCCUCCAAUCCCGUGGUCCGCCAGGAGCUCGCCCUGAUGGCCCACCACUUUGAUCGGCCUCACCAGCUGGGAGCACCGGGAGGGGGGCUGAUGGACGAGGAGCAGCGUGCGCAGAUCUUAAGGGAAGACUUUGAGCGGGCGCGCUUCUUUGGGAUGCACCCUCACCUCCCCCCUGGCGCUCACCUGUCCAGUCCCUCUCAUGCUGCUACCGCUGCUCACCUGGAGCAGCUGCACCCAAGCCUUCUGUCCCACCCCCUGCCCCCUGGGGCCUCCCAGCAUCACAUGGGCCUCUACUCGCGUCUGGGCCCACUCAAUGCACACCACGUGCCCAACGGCAUUCUGGCAAAAACACCCGCAGGUUUGGUGGGCGCACUGUCGAUGGGGGCGCCGCCGCCACUCAUUCCGUCCGUCACCAACCGGUCGUCAACGCCGCCGCGCGGCUCCAGACUGGGGGUUCCUGGUGAACUGUCACUGUUCAGCGCCCACAAAGACGGGGAGUCCAGAUAGUACAGGGACAACAGUGAAGGGGAUGAAGGGAAACUUCAGGAUCACUGUGCUGCUCGCUUCAUGUCUUCACCGUGCACGUGCGCGCGCUCCCAAAAGUCCCAGUGGGCGUCGCCUUGAUGGGCUGCAACUGGUGGGAGAAAAUGCAAGACUGACCAAUGUGUUAUCAGUGCAAUUUAGACAACGUUGUUUGUGUGCAUCUGACUUUUUAUUCUUUUUCUGCGAGCAGUCGCUCACUGCUGACAGAAGAGGUGCAAUUUUGUUAUCAAGGAUGCAGACUUUUAAGCAGGCCUUUUCCGGGAUGCGGAUUGUCAAUGACUUCCACAGGUAUGCAUGCCUGAAAAACAUGUCGACUUCAUUCUCAUCGCGCUUACGUCACAAAGCUGUACUGGUCACAAUCCAACAUAGCGUUGGGCGGGAAGGUUCCGUAGACUGCGAAGGUGAAGUGGUUAAUGCCUCGUGUUUGUGCGUGUGUGUCCGUCAUUGUGAAAAGACUGAUGAGACCAAUCCAUGAGUCACUUAGCAUUGUACCUCAGUUUCUUGCUUUACCCAAAAAUAACAAACCCUGAAAGCCUCAGCAUCACGGAACAUGAGAUUCACCCCCCCUCUCUUUGUUUUGGGGCUUGUUUUCUUCCCUGAGGAUGGAUGGAUGGCAAAAUGAACUGUGCAACGCUGCGUGCGUGUGAGAGUGAAUACAGCGUUUUAGAGCUUCCUGUUUCCCCACCUUCCUCUGGACUAUAUGAGCAGGACCAGAUUAUAGUAGUCUAGACUAAAUGCCUUUGUAAUUAUUAUUCGUAACAUUAUCUUCUAUAAUAAUAAUGAUGAUAAUAAAUAUAUUCACUGUUACGUUGUCAUUGUUUCAGGUAUGCACCAGUACUCCCCCCCCCCCCCCCCCAGGUAGAAAUACUGCACAUCAUGCAAAAGGUUCCUGUGGACUCGUCAUGGAUCUCUAUGCCUUUUAUUAAGCUUUGACUGUGCACCCUCGGUUUAUGUGUUACAGCCAUUUUGGGGCGACGUUUUAGAGCCUUCUACGUGGAUAUUGAAAGCUGCGUUGCUGACAAUAAGUUAUAUACUGUAUGUGGAUUUGUGGGACAUGCUAAAGGACUGAAGAAGCCUACACAGACAUCAACAUUGGACACGCUGAGUGGGGAAAGACUGGGUCGAUUAUUUUAAUAUGACCAUUUUAUACCUUUCCAGCCCCUCCCUUAGAGACAACAAAGAUGAAUUAUUAAAUGAACUGUUGUUUA